CGCAGGCGUGGCUCGAGCUCGUGCACGCAAUCCCUUCCCCCUUCUGAAUGCCCGCGCUCUGCGCGUGCUCGUCAACGGUUUAUUGUAUCGGACAGAGGAGGCGACGGAGCUCCACCGUUGGUAUAAAACAAAACGGCUAGCCAUCUAAACUGCAAGUAUGGCAGCAAUUCGCAAGAAGCUGGUGAUUGUAGGAGAUGGAGCAUGCGGUAAAACCUGUUUGCUUAUCGUCUUCAGUAAAGAUCAGUUUCCCGAAGUCUAUGUCCCCACGGUGUUUGAGAACUAUGUCGCCGACAUUGAGGUUGACAGCAAACAGGUGGAACUUGCUCUUUGGGAUACCGCAGGACAGGAGGACUACGAUAGGCUCCGUCCUCUUUCGUACCCAGACACUGAUGUCAUUCUUAUGUGCUUCUCUAUUGAUAGUCCUGACAGUUUAGAGAAUAUUCCAGAGAAGUGGACACCUGAGGUGAAACACUUUUGUCCUAAUGUUCCCAUCAUCCUCGUCGGCAACAAAAAGGACCUGCGGAAUGAUGAACACACACGCAGGGAGCUGACCAAGAUGAAGCAGGAGCCUGUUAAAGCAGAGGAAGGGAGAGACAUGGCCAAUCGGAUUGGAGCAUUUGGUUACAUGGAGUGCUCAGCCAAAACAAAUGAUGGUGUACGGGAGUUGUUUGAAAUGGCCACUAGAGCAGCAUUGCAGGCACGCAGGGGAAAGAAGGGCAACAAAUGCAGUUUGCUGUGAAAACUCGCCAUUGGACUCUGUGCCUGUAUUGGGCCUCAGAAAGAGUGUGUGUGUGAGGGACACACUCCUAUUUACAGUCAUACACCCCCCUCACGUUCGCCAAAUGCUUUUGAGACGGAUCCCAGAAGGAAAAAAGGCUCCCCC